AUGUGUGAGAGCAACACUACGAAGCAGAAGUACCUCCUCAAGGCCCACCCGUCGCCCUACUUGUUUGACAACAUGGAGGAUUUAGGGUCUGGCCAGGCGUAUGAUGUCCGGACGCAGUGCACCGUUGACGUGCCCAAGGUGGACGUGAUCCAGAUUGGAUACCCAUGCAAAUCGAUUUCAUCCCAGAACAGCAACCCCGCUUCCUUUCGCGAUCGCAGUUCAGUGACGGGUUCUGGCUACCACAGCCUGGUCCAGUACGUGGACUACGCCAGACCUUCCAUCAUCGUUUUGGAGAAUGUCAGAAGCUUGGCAAGUCGACGCCGCCAGUUCAGAGAUGAAUGUCCUUUGGACAUCCAGAACAAGGCUAUGUACAAGGACUACGCCCCAUUGGACAUUGUGCACAAGUUCCUUUGUCGGCCCCUGCCCAUCGACAUGUUUCUUCUUGAUCCUCACCCUCCCAAUGCUGCUUGCAAAGCGCGCGGGCAGCAGAAACGCAAGCAGCGAGAUGAGUCCACACUGAAGUGGCGCGACACCUUUAAGGAGUACGCUGGGAAACUUGGCAUUGCGGAUGUGGAGAACAACAAGGAGAAGAUUCGUCGCAUGAACCUUGAGAUCACCGAGCGUGAACUUGCAAUCUUGUCAGUUGCCGUGACAGAGAUGCAGCGCGCGGGAUGGACGCCGUUCGUGGCGACGUUCUUUAUCCAA